AUGCUCUCUGUUCGCCUCUUCCGCAACAUUUCGGUAGCUUUGCUUGGUAUCCUUGGAGUCAAGGCCUUUGAGAAUCCCAAACGUCACCUCCUCUACCGUGUCGUCAACGCCCCUCAGGAAUGGGGAAUCAAUGACAUCAAGAAACACUGGGCAACACAUUGUGUGAAAGCCUGUAAGGAUCAAGGAUCGUUCAUCGCGACUGAGGAUGUUGGUUAUUUUUCCUAUGACCCAACGACCUACUUGUACUGCUACGAUGAGCACGAGCACAGCUGGGCCACUGAAGCGGCAGACUCACUCAACCAGGAGAACAUUGCAAACAGGCAGUGGGGUCAGGUGAUAGGCUUGUUCUCAGUCGAGCGUGUCAGCUAG